AUGGACAUUGAUUUGACCAACAGGGAUCCCAACAACAUCAACGACCACAUCCAGGUCACCUUCGAGGAUAUCUUGGCUGAGCCAGAGGGCAUCCACAGCUUGGACUGUGUGUGGGUCAACUCCUUCAGGUGUUUCAACUGCUGGAAGAGCUGUGUCUACAACCUUCUCACGUUUUUCUACGGAAUCUACAUAGCUGCUCGAUGGGGUUGUGAAUUUGCUGUGGUCGCAUUCGCCCACAUCUGGAUCAUCACGCCAAUGUACAAGUUCUUGGAACUGAACUGUGGCUGCAUCAAGAAGUUCUACGGGAUGUGUGUCCACUGUCUGUUGGACCCCUGCUGUGAAGGUUGUGGCCUGCUCUUCCAAGCCUUUCAAAAACAUUAAACUAGAGUAGGUGCCUCGAAAACAGUGGUAUCCUUCAACCAUCAUGAUCUCUGACAUUCCAAUAUGACUACGAGCUGAUC